AUGUCGAGGUCACGCGAAGGAUAUCUUUGGACGAAAAGCGGUAUCACCACAGGACUUCCCACAAAAGCAGUGAUCUCCAGCACCGCCAACAUCAAACCCAGCUACGAUGUGAUAAUCGUUGGAGCCGGAUUCACUGGGUUACGGGCUGCUCGAGAACUUGUCCGUCACUAUGGGUUGAGUGUUUUGAUUGUCGAAGGACGAGAUCGCAUUGGCGGCCGGACCUGGACAGCGCAAGCAUUUGGAGAGGACUUUGAAAUGGGUGGAACAUGGGUCCAUUGGAAUCAACCACACCUCUACGCCGAGUUGCACAGAUACAAUCUUCAUAAAAAUCUCAAGUCGUCGGCCGGUACCAUCGGAGCGGUGAAGACAUACUAUAAGACGGCAGAGGGCGAGGUGCAAGAAAUCGAUGGCCCUACUCAGGCGGAGGUAAUUCAAGCCGUCGCCAAAGAGUUCUUCACCAUCGAUGGGCUCUCCAGCUAUGAGCUCAUGCCAUAUCCACAUGACCCUUUCCGGGAGCCGGCGCCCUGGAAGAAGUACGACCACCUCACGGUGCGGCAGCGCCUUGACCAGCUUGACCUUCCUAAACUCCACAAAGGCUACUUUGAGAGUGCAGUCAACACGUUUGGCAGCGCACCCAGCACAGACAUUGGAUUCGUCGAAGCCCUCCGCUGGUACGCGCUUGGAGGUCACAACAUGGCCCAGGUUUUCGAGCUUGCAGGCAUUUACAAAUUGGGCAAGGGUGGUAUGACAUCCUUUGCUCGAUCUAUUUUCGACGACGCAAAAUGCGACAUUCUUCUCAACACGGUCAUCUCAGAGAUAGUUCAAGACUUCCGUUCUGGCGUGGAGGUGAAAUCCAAGGACGGGCGUUCAUUAAGGGCGAAAGCGAUUGUCUGCACUGUUCCACUGAACUGCUUGGGUGAUGUCAAGUUUUCACCACCGCUGAGUCCCUUGAAGGUGAAGGCAAUCGAGAAAGGGCAUAUCAACAAAGGCGCCAAGAUCCACUUCAAACUCGCCAAAACGGAACCGGGAUGGUAUGCAUCGUGUGACGGCUACUCGACAUCCUCGUUUUCAUUCGCCUUCUCGGACCACAACGGCACAAGCCCUUCGGGACCGAGUGGCACUUACUGCAUUGGUUUUGGGUAUAAUGAUCGCUUGCAGGAUCCGCGAAACAGUAAGCAUAUUAUCGAGGAGUUCAAGAAGGAUCUACGUCCUGAUGCUGAGGUCGAAGGAUAUCUCACGCACGAUUGGAUGAAUGACCCUUUGGCCAAGGGCUUGUGGAGUUGCUGGGGCAAUCAUUCGAUGACGAGGUACCUUCAGGAGCUCCAGAAGCCACAUGGAAAUGUCUUUUUCGCGAGCGCUGACUGGGCUGAUGGUUGGCGAGGCUUUGUUGAUGGAGCGCUCGAAAGUGGGUUAAGGACAGCACAGGACGUGGCGAAGACGCUCUCUGCGAAUCCAGGUCCAAGGCUGUAA